GCCAUGGCCGCCCUCACGCUGCCGCUGCUGCUGCUGCUGCUGCUGGGGAGCGGCCGCGGGACCCCCCAAACCUGCCCCAAAAACCCCCAAACCUGCCCCAAAAAUUCACCCGGGACAGAGGCCGAGACCACACAGAGCUGCUCCGAAAAUUCACCCGGGAACGGCGGGAACAGCGGCGGGAUCGAGGAUGGGAAUGAGCAGCUGCUGGUUCUGACCGUGGCCACCGAAGCCACCGACGGCUACCGGCGCUUCCUGCGCUCGGCCCGCGCCUUCAACUACAGCGUGCAGACCCUGGGUUUGGGUCACCCCUGGCGCGGGGGGGACAUUUCCCGCAGCCCCGGGGGGGGACAGAAGGUUCGGUGGCUCCGGGGGGCGCUGGCGCCGCUGCGGGGGAGGGGCGGCCUCGUCCUGCUCUUCGUCGACAGCUAUGACGUGCUGCUGGCAGCAGGGCCCCGGGAGCUGCUGGCCAAGUUCCGUGCCUCGGGGGCCGGGGUGCUGUUCGCUGCCGAGGGGUUCUGCUGGCCACAGGAGGGGCUGGCCCCGCUCUACCCGCCCUGCCCCCCCGGGGGGAAACCCUUCCUCAACUCGGGGGGGUUCGUGGGCUUCGCUCCGGCGCUCUGGGCUCUGGUCGAGCGUUGGCGCUUCCGGGACGACGACGACGAUCAGCUGUUCUACAGCCAGCUGUACCUGGACAGGGAGCUCAGGGAGGAGCUGAGCCUGGCCCUGGAUCAUCAUUCCCAAAUUUUCCAAAAUCUCAACGGGGCCCUGGACGAGGUCACCAUUCGCUUUGAGCCGGGUGGGAACCGAGUGAGGAACGAGAUCAGCGGGGCCUGGCCGGUGGUGAUCCAUGGGAAUGGACCCACAAAGGUGGCCCUGAACUCGCUGGGCAAUUACGUGCCCCAGGGCUGGAGCCCGGGGGGCUGCGGGGACUGCGAGAGGGACCUGAGACCCCUCAGGGGGACCCCGCCCCAGGCCCUGCCCUGGGUGCUCAUCGGGGUCUUCGUGGCCGAGCCCACCCCGUUCCUGCCCCAGUUCCUGCGGCGCCUGGGGGAGCUGAGCUACCCCCGGGAGAGGCUGGGGCUGUUCCUGCACAAUGCCGUCCCCGCUCACUCUCCCCUCAUCGAUUCUCUCUGGCCCCGCCUCCGGCGCCGCUUCAGCUCCGCCCACCGGGAGGGGGAGGGGCUGGGGGGAGGGGCGGCGAGAGACCUCGGAAUGUCCCUGUGCCGGCGGGACCCGCGCUGUGACCAUUACCUGAGCCUGGACAGCGACGUCAGCCUGAGUGACCAACACCUGCUGAGGGCUCUGAUCGAGCAGAACAGCCUGGACAGCGACGUCAGCCUGAGUGACCAACACCUGCUGAGGGCUCUGAUCGAGCAGAACAGACUGACCACUGACCAUUACCUGAGCCUGGACAGCGACGUCAGCCUGAGUGACCAACACCUGCUGAGGGCUCUGAUCGAGCAGAACAGGCAGGUGCUGGCCCCGCUGCUGACCCGCCCCGGCCACCUCUGGUCCAACUUCUGGGGGGCGCUGGGACCCGACGGCUACUACAGCAGAGCCCCGGACUACCUGGAGAUCGUGCAGGGCCGGCGCAGGGGCGUGUGGAACGUGCCCUACGUCAGCCACGCCUACCUGGUGGGCGGGGCCGCGCUGCGGGGGCCGCUGGGGGAGGGGCCGGUGUUCGACCACGCCCACCUGGACCCCGACAUGGCGUUCUGCGCCAGGGCCAGGGAGAAGGGGCUGUUCCUGCACGUCACCAACCGGCGCCACUUUGGCCACCUGCUGGUGACCGACGGCUACAACGGCACCGGGCGGCGGCACCCGGAGCUGUGGGAGCGGCUGCGCAACCCCUGGGACUGGGACCAGCAGUACCUGCACCCCAACUUCAGCCGCGUCCUCCAGGAGCACCUGAUCCAGCAGCCGUGCCCGGACGUGUUCCAGUUCCCGCUGUUCUCGGAGCAGUUCGGGCGGGAGCUGCGGGAGGAGGCGGAGCUGCGCGGGGGGUGGGCGGAGCAUCACGAGGUGCGCUCCUGGGCCGUUCCCCUCUCGGCGCUGCAGUUGGAUCCCGUCCUGCAGGGGGCGCUGCGGGAGCUGCUCCCGCCCAUCGCCCGCCGGCUCUUCCCGGGAUACGCCCCCAAGGGCCGCACGGUGCUGAGCUCGGUGGUUCGUUACGACCCCGCCCCUUCCGGCCACGCCCACCCUGACCCCGCCCCCUCGGCCACGCCCCCACGGCCCUCAGCCACCAUCAGCCUGAGAGUGAGCCUGAGCCCCGCACUGGGCGGGGGCUGGCUCUUCCCCAGGUACGGCUGCGCCGCCCCCGCGCCCCCCCCGGGCUGGGCCCUGCUGCACCCGGGGCGCCUGACGCACCUGGGGACAGGUGUGACACCUGUGGGCGGGGCCAGGUACAGCCUGGAGCUGCUGCUGGAUCCAUGAGACAGCUGGGGACACCUGGGCACACCUGGGACACACCUGGGCACACCUGGGACACAUCUGGGACACACCUGGGACAGGUGUGACACCUGUGGGUGGCGCCAGGUAUGGUCUGGAACUGCUGCUGGAUCCGUGAGACGCCUGGGACACACCUG